UGUGAAAAAAACUGUAUUGUGCUCCGGCGAAAUUCGAGAGACAAUGAAAGUGAAAAAAAAGAUAUUUGCGACGAGCCCGCGCUGCCGAGUUAACUUCGAUGAUUAUUCGAGUUAUUAUUUAUGCGCUCUUGCAUUGAAUCUUACCCUCUUCAAAAAGUCAUCCGUGAAGAGUGAAACCAAUUUAAUCGGCAUCUGAUUGGUAAGGUAACAAAAAACGUAAAUUAUUGCUUAUGAUGAGUUUUGGUUAAUUUUGUUUGGAAUUUCAGGUCCUGAUAAAUAAAUAAUCUUGAUAAAUAAACAAAUGAUUCAAAUCUUUUGAAUUUACCGCUCUUAAGCUCGCCGAGUUCCAUGUCAAAGCGUCCUGCAGUGCUCAGUGUGGAAGAGGGCGCUGAUUCUUCGGGAUCGAUGGUGCUGCCCUCACUUUGACAGGGAUCAGCUGUUCUUUUAGAAGUGGGGGUAGCACCGACGCAUUCCUAGCUGGUCAAGGCCGAAGGUCGCAGGAGAGAAAUCAUCAGUCUCAGCUUGAGCGUUGGAGAGUGUUGUUGCAUUCUACUCAACUCAGUCUUUCUUGGAGUGUCGUAUUAGUGAAAUCGACGACAUCACACACGAAUAAAAAUGUCUUACAUGCUAUGUCAUCUAAAGAAUGGUUGGCAGGUGGACCAGGCAAUAUUAUCUGAAGAAGACCGUGUUGUGGUGAUUAGGUUUGGCCACGAUUGGGACCCCAUGUGCAUGAAAAUGGACGAAGUCUUGUACAGCAUCGUAGAGAAAGUCAAGAAUUUUGCUGUCGUCUACUUGGUAGACACGUCAGAAGUGUCGGACUUUAACAAAAUGUAUGAGCUGUACGAUCCGUGUACAGUAAUGUUCUUCUUCAGAAACAAGCACAUCAUGAUUGAUUUGGGCACUGGCAAUAACAACAAAAUCAACUGGAUAAUCGAAGAUAAACAAGAGAUGAUCGACAUUCUUGAGACGGUAUACCGAGGAGCCAGGAAGGGUAGAGGUUUGGUGGUGUCGCCAAAAGAUUAUUCAACAAAAUACCGUUAUUAAUAUGUCUAUGUAUGAUAAAAAAAUGCAUGCCUUGAGUCAUUGAUUUUUCGAAAAAUAAAUAUGAAAAAUUGAAUUUAAUAAUGAAAAA